AUGCUUUUCUUAAAAUUAGUGAUUGCUGCUGCCCUAGCUGUCACCGUCUCCGCCUCACCACUCGAAAAGGACUCUAUUAGUACCGACAACACCGUCCUUCAAAGAAGAGCUGCGGUGGUCGAAGUAUUCGGAAAGAGAUCUGGGCAGAGUGCCUGCGGGUUCUGUAACUCUGUGGAAUGUCAGACUCCCAAUUCACGAUGUCCAGCCAUGGGCUGUUGUAAUUGA